AUGUCGCGUCCUGCCCAGCCCGAGCUUAAGAAAUUCAUGGACCGCCGCCUGUACAUCCACCUGCAGGGUGGGCGGGCCGUGUCGGGCAUCCUGCGCGGUUUCGACAUCUUCCUCAACCUCGUCCUUGACCAGGCGUAUGAGGAGCUUGGGGGCGGCCAGCGCAAGAAUGCUGGGAUGGUGGUCAUCCGUGGCAACUCGGUGAGCAGUAUGGAACUGCUCGACAGCAUGCGGCAAUAG